GUGUUUGAAUAAAGACACAGGACUGAGUCUAUCUAUGUUAGAUAAACAAAGAGAGCUUAUUAUUCAUCAAGUGGCAGGAGUUUCCGACGAUAGCGCGAAAACGACCUGCGAAUGUCACCCGGGAGCCGGGAAAGACUGGUUCAAGGAUGUAAGAACCUUAACUGUUCGGAAAAAGGAGUUUCGUGUAGUGAGUUUCUUGUCUGCCUGCAGAAAUGUCAACCAGCAGCACCGAAUGGUCGCAGCUGAUGGAAGAUAGGAAUCCAGUGGGCAGUCUUACUCAAUCUUUGAUAGCAGCAAUUUCGGACAUUAUAAGAUCAGUCGUCUGCAUAAAGAUACAGAAGGAUGUCUUCACCGAAAUUGGCUGCUACUUCUACCGUGCGUCACUCAUAAUAAUGGAGCUGAACAUAAACUGGAGCACGCCGACGAACACAAUCGAGAUGUUGCAGUUGCUAAGCAAACGAGUCGAGCUGGCGAAAGGGUUCGCCAAGAAUCUUGAGAAGAACGUACAGUCGUCCGAGGUUAAGACCAUCGUGCGGCAGCUCGAAGGCGUGCUGAGAAGCAUCGGCGAAAACCUCGGCAUGAUCCCGCUGACGAUGUUCGGGGAGCACGAAUUCGCCGAGAUGGCCGCAAAGUCGCUGUCGAAAGACAUGAAGGACGUCUCGUUCGCGCUUAGCCCGUCUCGAAGUUUCGAUGUAAGAGAAAAGUUCCCGACGAGGUCGGCGGUUGGAGAAGGAAAAAGAAGAGUCGAGAAGGAUCUAUAUUCGGUUGACGUCGAGGUUUCGUCGAUGAACGAAGUGUUUUCAGACACAUCGACGGCGUAUUCGGUCGACAAUCAAGAAAGGUCUCCGAGGAGGUUCGAGAGAUUCGGUUCGAAGAGUGCGGCAUCGUCGUUGAUGGCGAUCCCGCAGCUGGCGCAGUACAUGGAGCCUCUUUACGAUACAUUCUUCUGCCCAUUAACGAAGCGGGUCAUGGAGGAUCCGGUGACGGUGGAGACAGGAGUGACGUACGAGCGGGAAGCUAUUACCGAAUGGUUCAAUCAGGCUAAGGAUCCCGAGUCGAUUACCUGUCCGAAAUCGAGCAAGACGAUGACGAGCAGAGCGAUGAGCGCGAACGUAGCUCUGAAAGCCACGAUCGACGAAUGGAAGGAAAGAAACGAGGCUGCGAGAAUUAAGGUUGCGCGGGCAGCACUGUCGUUGGCGAGUACGGACAACAUGGUACUCGAAGCGAUCAACGAUAUGAAAGCGGUCUGCCGGAGCAAGCCGUACAAUAAGGUGCAGGUUCGAAGCAGCGGAAUCGUUCCAUUGCUUGGGAAAUUCCUCGAGUACAGAAGCAGAAGCAUACGCCUCGGGACGCUGGAACUAGUUCGACAAUUGGCGGAGGACGAUGACGAGGGAAAGGACGACAUUGCCAGGACGAUUGACGCGUCGAUUGUAAUAAAACUGCUGUCGAGCAGCCACCAACCCAUUCGUCACGCAUCUGCCUCGCUCCUCCUCGAGCUCUCGAAGUCGCCGUACUUUUGUACGACGAUCGGGACGGUAACCGGAGGUAUUCUGAUGCUGAUCACGAUCAAGUACAAGCAAUCCGUCGACGCGUUCGCGUCGGAAACGGCCGAAGCGAUAUUGACGAACUUGGCGAGCGUUUCGAAGAACGUCAAGCUAAUGGCCGAAAACGGGCAUUGGGAGCCUCUGCUAACUCGUUUACUCGAAGGCGAUGAAGAGAUGAGAAUCGAGAUGGCUAGCUAUCUCGCCGAGAUCGUUCUCGGUCCCGACAACAAGACGUACGUCGCCGAGAGGGCGUCCCCAGCGCUGAUACAGAUGGUGCAAAGCGGGAACUCGGUGAUUCGAAACGCGGCGUUAAAAGCCUUGAAGAAGAUAUCGUGUCACCACCCGAACGCCGAGAUUCUCGUCGAGGCCGGAAUAAUGCAGACGAUGGUCGAGGAGAUGUUUUCGCGAACGAUCCACAAUGAACCAACAGACUCGAAAACGGAGGCCGCGGAGAUUCUAGCUAACAUACUCGAGUCGGGGAUGGAUCUCGAGAACGUCCGGGUCAGCACGCACGGACACACGAUGGCUUCGGACUACAUCGUAUACAACAUCAUUCACCGGAUCAAACACUCGAGCCCCGAUGAGCUGAACAUAAACCUUGUCCGGAUGCUGCUGUGCUUGAUCAAGUUCCAUAAGGCGUCGGGUACGAUCGUUUCGGUAGUUAAGGAGACGGAAGCGAGCUACAAUUUGAUCGAACUGAUAAAUACGACGGACGACGAGCUCAGCGUCGCGUCAUUACAUCUGCUAAUCGCGCUUUCGGGUUUCAUGGGACACACGUUGUCCGAUCGGCUUUGCAAGACGAAAGGGCUGCCGGAGAAUCUGAUCGAUCGCGGAAUCGAGCUAACUCGGAUCACGGAAAAGCAUGCCGUAUCGGUAAAUUUUCUCGCGAAACUUCCCCAUCAGAACCUUACACUCAAUCUGGCUUUGGUUAACAGCGAAUCGGUCGAGGCGGUGAUCCGAGGUAUCGGUCAGGUUCAGACAGCCGGAGUGCGAUCAAGCCGGUACGCGACCGCUUAUCUCGAAGGCCUCGUCGGGAUUCUCGUCAGAUUAACGACGACUUUGUACGACCACCAGAUGCUGCAGACGGCGAGAACCUACGACUUUACGGCGGUUCUGACCGAGCUUUUGACGCGAUCGUCGUCCGACGAGGUUCAGAGACUGUCGGCAAUCGGGCUCGAGAAUCUAUCGAGGCAGUCCGUCAGCCUGUCGAGGCCUCCGCGACGGAAACCGUCAAGGAUUCUAAAGCUCGUGUUUUUACGUAAAUGCAUAUCGAUCAAAUUGAAGAACGGCGGCAGCAACGGCAGCAAUUUUUCGAUCUGCCCCGUCCACGGCGGGGUGUGCUCGUCGCGGGAGACGUUCUGCUUGAUCGACGCGGAGGCGGUCGAUCGGCUGGUGGUGUGCUUGGACCAUAAGGACGCGGGGGUGGUCGAGGCAGCGUUGUCGGCGAUAUCGACACUGUUGGAUGACAGAGUCGACGUCGGGAAGAGCAUUGUCGUGCUGUCGGAAAAGUGCGCCGUCGAGCAAGUUUUGAAAGUCGUUAAAGAGCGUCGAGAAGAAGGGGUCAGGGAGAAGGCGUUUUGGGUGAUCGAGAGGUUCUUGAUGAAAGGCGGCGACGAGUCGAUUUCGAGCAUAUCGGAGGACCGGAUGUUUCCGGCGACGCUGAUCGGAGCUCUCCACCACGGCGGCGACGGCAGCCGGGAAAUGGCGGAGAGACUACUUAGGCAUUUGAACAAAAUGCCCAACGUUAUGAACACCAUGACUUUCACUAGUGUGUAAAAUAGGCUUUGUUCGAACGAGUUCUGCAUGAUCGACUUUCCUUGUAAUUGUAAUCUCUGUUUGAAGAUGGAAGUUUUGCGUGAACAAAA